AAUAUGGCAGCAUGGACUUGAACUUCUCCUAUAGCAUUGCAGUGGCAGGAGAGCUGGGACACCAUUGUGGAGGUAUUCAUAUGGCUAUUGGAGCGCAAGCUGGCAUGGCUACUCCUGCUCUUACAAGGUUUCGUUCUGAUGAGUUGAAAAAAAGGUUCCUCAUACCAACUAUAGCUGGAGAUUUUGUAGUUUGCAUGGGAAUUGGUGAAACUGGAGCUGGGUCAGAUGUCACAAACAUCAAGACAACAGCUGUGAGAAAAGACGAUGAAUACAUCAUAAAUGGUGGUAAGAUGUGGACUACGUCUGGAUGCCAAGUGGACUGGAUGUGCCUGCUGGCAAACACCAGUGAAGGACCUCCCCAUCGAAAUAAAUAUCUCAUAUGUCUGCCAAUGAAUCUACCUGGUAUUCAUGUUGCUAAAAAGAUAGGCAAACUGGGCAUGAAGUCAUCAGACACAGCUCAGAUCUUUUUUGAAGAUGUAAGGGUCCCCAGCAAGAACCUCAUCAGUGAGGAAGGAAAAGGUUUUACAUAUCAGAUGUUGCAAUCAGAAGAGCGGCUGUGGGGAGUAGCCACUGUCCUGACACCACUGGCAGCUAUAAUACAAGAAAUCAUUGACUACACUUGCCAGCGGCAAGUGUUUGACCGGCCUGUGCUGAACAACCAAGCCGUGCACUUCUGCCUGGCUGAGAUGGCAACCGAAGUGGAGCUCCUGCACUCGCUGCUGUACUUUCUCUAUGUGGAAGGCAAUGAUGUGACAAAAGUUGUUUCCAUGGCUAAGCUAAAGGCAGGUCAUCUGGCCUGUGAAGUGACUGAUAGCUGUCUCCAGUUUUGGGGAGGAAUGGGAUUCACCAGUGAGGUCAUGGUUUGUAAUUUCUACAGAGACUUGAGUUUCAUGUCAAUAGGAGGUGGUACAGAUGAAAUAACGCUUUCUAUCAUUUGCAGAUACAUGGAAAUACUUCCAACCAAGUGA